UGGAUUCGUGGUUCUGAUCCAGUAAAGCUAGGGUUUUAUUACUCCGCUCUGCCCGCCUCCUCCGCUUCGCACACCCCGCCGCGCCGGAGAAUCGUCGUUGCUGGAGAGCGCUCUUCAACAACCGGUCGCCGACGAAGGCUUGGGAAUCAAGAAGGUGGGAAGCCGGCAUGGACUCCUUCUCGUCGUCGUCCGGGUCGCCCCCCAAUACGGAGGCGCUCAUGGACCAGAUCAAGGCGCAGCUCGCUCAGGCCUACGCCCAGGAGUUCCUUGAGACUGUUGGAAACAAGUGCUUUGCCAAGUGCGUGACAAAGCCAGGAUCAAGCUUGAGCGGGAGCGAGAGCAGUUGCAUAUCACGCUGUGUUGAUCGUUACAUUGAGGCAACUGGUAUUGUCAGCCGAGCUCUGUUCAGUUCCACACGCUGAGCGACGAUGUGUAGCCUUCAGUUGCUGCUUAAAUCAGAAUUGGGGAAAAAUGUUUUUCCUAGACUCGUUAUUUUUGCCUUUCUAAUCUGUGAGAAAGAGAGCAACCUUUAUAUUAAUUAAGUGGCAACUAUUAGCUAAGCUGGUUUUCAGCUGUUAAAAGCCGCAAAUUCUGCCUUGCAGUUUCUCUUAACUGUUUGUUUC